AGGCGGAGCUCGGGGGAGCCUGGCUGGCUGCUGCAGGCGGAGGGCGGGCAGGGAGAGAGCCGCCCUCCCCUCUUCUCCUGGCGCCGGCCGGCAGCAGCCCGCAGAGGGACGCGGGCUCCCGGCGCUCCCGCAUAAAAAAUGGCAUUUCAGAAGGCAGUGAAAGGAACUGCUCUCAUUGGAGGAGGUGCCAUAGCAACAGUUUUUGGCCUCUCUCAAUUUUCUCAGCAUAGAAACAAACACGGCGCCUUGGUGCAGGUUCGGGCUGAGGAAGGUGUUCCCAGCAGGAAGGACCAUCUCCCCAGCAGAGAGCAGCAGCUUGCGGCCCUGCAGAGCAGCGGGGAAUUCGACGUGCUCGUCAUCGGCGGGGGAGCCACGGGCUGUGGCUGUGCCCUGGAUGCAGCCACCAGAGGACUAAAAACAGCCCUUCUAGAAAGAGAUGAUUUCUCAUCGGGGACCAGCAGCAGGAGCACUAAAUUGAUCCAUGGUGGAGUGAGGUACCUCCAGAAGGCCAUCAUGAGGCUGGAUUUCGAGCAGUACAGGAUGGGGAAGGAGGCCCUGGAGGAGCGUGCACACCUGCUGCAGAGCGCGCCCCACCUCUCAGCUGCGCUGCCCAUCAUGCUCCCCAUCUACAAGUGGUGGCAGUUGCCAUACUACUGGAUGGGGAUCAAGCUGUAUGACCUGGUGGCGGGCAGCCAGUGCCUGAAGAGCAGCUAUGUCCUGACCAAGGACCGGGCCCUGGAGCUGUUCCCCAUGCUGCGCAGGGACAAGCUGGUGGGAGCCAUUGUCUACUACGACGGACAGCACAACGACGCGCGCAUGAACCUGGCCAUCGCCCUGACCGCCGCCCGCUACGGCGCUGCCACCGCCAAUUACACCGAGGUGCGGCACCUGCUCAAGAGCACGGACACGGGCCGCGUCUGCGGGGUGCGCUGCAGGGACGUGCUCACCGGGAAGGAGUUCGAUGUCAGAGCCAAGUGUGUUAUCAAUGCCACGGGACCUUUCACAGACUCAGUCCGCAAAAUGGAUGAUCAGGAGGUGCCCAACAUCUGUCAGCCCAGCGCAGGCGUGCAUAUCGUGAUGCCUGGUUAUUACAGCCCUGACAACAUGGGGCUGCUGGACCCGGCCACCAGCGACGGCAGAGUGAUCUUCUUCCUGCCCUGGGAGAAGAUGACGAUCGCCGGGACCACGGACAGCCCCACGGAUGUCACCUCCCACCCCAUCCCCACGGAGGAGGACAUCAACUUCAUCCUGAGCGAAGUGCGCAACUACCUGGGCCCAGACGUGGAAGUGAGAAGAGGAGAUGUGCUGGCAGCCUGGAGCGGCAUCCGGCCCCUGGUGACCAACCCCGACUCCAAGGACACCCAGUCCCUGUCCCGGAACCACGUGGUGACCAUCAGCGACAGCGGCCUCAUCACCAUUGCAGGUGGGAAGUGGACGACCUACCGUGCCAUGGCACGGGACGCCAUCGACGCGGCCGUGCGCAAGCACAACCUGCAGGCAGGCUCCUGCAGGACCAUGGGGCUGCAGCUGGAGGGGGCCCAGGACUGGAGCCCCACGCUCUACAUCAGACUGGUCCAGGACUACGGGCUGGAAAGUGAGGUGGCUCAGCACCUGGCUUCCACCUAUGGGGACAAGGCUUUUGAGGUGGCCAAAAUAGCCCAGGUGACAGGGAAGAGGUGGCCUAUUGUUGGGAAACGUCUGGUGUCUGAAUUUCCUUACAUUGAAGCUGAGGUGGUGUACGGGGUGAAGGAGUACGCCCGCACCGCCGUGGACAUCAUCUCGCGGCGCACCCGCCUGGCCUUCCUCAACGUGCAGGCUGCCGACGAGGCCCUGCCCCGCAUCGUGGACAUCAUGGCCAAGGAGCUCAACUGGUCUGAGCAGAAGAAGAAGGAAGAGCUUGAAACAGCGAAAACAUUCCUGUACUAUGAAAUGGGCUACAAGGUGAAAACAGAUCAAUUAACAGACAGCUCUGAGAUCAGCCUGGUGCCUUCAGACAUCGAGAGGUACAAGAAGCGGUUCCGCAUGUUCGACAAGGACAAGAAGGGCUUCAUAACCAUCCUGGACGUGCAGCGCGUGCUGCAGAGCAUCAGCGUGCAGAUGGACGAGAACACCCUCCACGAGAUCCUCAACGAGGUGGACCUCAACAAAAACGGGCAGGUGGAGCUCAACGAGUUCCUGCAGCUGAUGAGCGCCAUCCAGAAGGGCCGCGUGUCGGGCAGCAGGCUGGCCGUGCUGAUGAAGAGCGCCGAGGAGAACCUGCGGCGCCGCCAGGCCAUCCCCGUGGACCGCAGCGGCGGCGGGCUCUGAGCCUGGGGGCAGCUCCCCCUAAGGACUGCGUGUGUGUGUCCCGGCCUUCGUGGCUCCCUUUCUGCUCGGGCCUGGCCGGCCUGUGCGGCCCGAGCCCGGGGGGCAGGCUGCAGGGCUCUGGGGGCACGCUCAGCACGGCCUGCCCCGGCCGCUCACGGCUGCAUCGCCUUCUGCUUCGGAGCACAGUGCUCACAGUGAGUCCUGCCCUGGCCAUUAACGUCUGCAUCUCCUUCAGAGCAUGCCAUGCUCACAGUGAGUCCUGCCCCGGCCAUUCAUGUUUGUAUCACCUUCAGAGCAUGCCAUGCUCAGAGUGAGUCCUGCCCUGGCCAUUCACAUCUGCAUCGCCUUCUCCUUCAGAGCAUGCCAUGCUCAGAGUCCUGCCCCGGCCAUUCAUGUUUGUAUCCCCUUCAGAGCAUGCCAUGCCACAGUGAGUCCUGCCCCAGCCAUUCAUGUUUGUAUCACCUUCAGAGCAUGCCAUGCCACAGUGAGUCCUGCCCCGGCCAUUCAUGUUGGCAUCUACUUCACCUUCAGAGCAUGCCAUGGUCAGAGUCCUGCCCCGGCCAUUAAUGUUUGUGUCACCUUCAGAGCAUGCCAUGCUCACAGUCCUGCCCCAGCCAUUCAUGUUUGUGUCACCUUCUGAGCAUGCCAUGCUCAGAGUCCUGCCCCAGCCAUUCAUGUUUGUAUCACCUUCAGAGCAUGCCAUGCUCACAGUGAGUCCUGCCCUGGCCAUUAAUGUUUGUAUCACCUUCAGAGCAUGCCAUGCUCAGAGUGAGUCCUUCCCUGGCCAUUCACGUUUGCAUCUCCUUCACCUUCAGAGCAUGCCAUGCUCACAGUGAGUCCUGCCCCAGCCAUUAACGUUUGUAUCUCCUUCAGAGCAUGCCAUGCUCAGAGUGAGUCCUUCCCUGGCCAUUCAUGUUGGCAUCUCCUUCAGAGCAUGCCAUGCUCAGAGUGAGUCCAGGCCCGGCCAUUAAUGUUUGUAUCACCUUCAGAGCAUGCCAUGCUCGGAGUGAGUCCUGCCCCAGCCAUUCAUGUUGG